AUGGUAGCCCGGGGGAAGCUAGUCUAUCAGAAGGCAGUUCUUGAGCAAGUGAGAUUGGUUGAAGUUCAAUAUGCAUCAUCGAUUCCCGAGAAACUCGGUGAUCUCAAUGUUUUUCGAAGCCUGGUCAGAGUACGACUGGUUAGGGGGGCAUGGGUUUUGUCCGAAUGGAUGAAGUCCAUUCUCUCUUACUGGUCUUGGAAUUUACCAAAGAAAAUGACAAAUUCACAAAAGAAACAUGUGGGAGAUUCAUCAACCUCUCAAAAAAAAGCAAACAAGCAAAGCAAAUGCUUUCGACACACUGUGGAACAAGUUCAACAUCUUAAAGAAUUCUUGAAGAAAUGUCCACAUCCAGAUAAGGACCAACUAAUUCAAAUUGGUAAGGAAGUAGGGCUUAACCCUAAGAAGAUCAAGACUUGGAUUUAUAACAACAAGACUACAACAAAGACACAAAUUGAGAAAUCAGACAACAAGACUCUCCGGACAGAAAAUGAAAGAUUCCGUUGUGAGAAUAUAGCAAUGAAAGAGGCAAUGAAGAAAAUUAUAUGCCCACAAUGUGAUUCUGAAAGAGCAAGCAAUUUAGAAAAUUUGAAAGAAGAAAAUCAAAGGUUGACAGAUGAGGACGAGAAGCUUUCUAGAGUCACAACUACUCGUGGAGUAGACAAAGGGCAUGAAUGA